AUGGCGGGUGUCAAGUUUAUUUUAAAAGUUCCCAAAAAGUCGAUUAAAAUUGCCAAUAACAUUGUCGUCGUCGGCGCAACUUUUCCAGAAGACAAAGAUAUCGACAACACCGAGGGCAUGGACACGAAACAGAAACAUUUAUUUUAUAUGAACAAAGCUCUUACCUUUCUAAUUCAAAACAAACACAUUGACAUCCAUUUACCCCCACAAAAAUCUUUUAAAAACUCUAAAACAUCUAAAAUUAAAGGAAUUGGUCUGUUAGACGAGGUUGGUUUAAUGCGUUUUGGAGAAGACGUCAUUGACAUUAUCAAGAGUAUCCCCCCUCUUUCACAAAAUGGGAAAAACAUGACUGUAAACCUCCCUUUAGACUACACAAGAAUCAAUACAGCUUAUAGAGCAGUCAUACCACAAUUUUAUAAUGUGUCCACCGUUAUACCAGUGUUGAACGAACUCGGACAAAUACAAUACAUAGAUAUUACUACCCAUGAGGUGAUGGGAAAAUUCGUCCAAAAUAAAAAAGUUAAAGAGACAGUAACACAGAGACAAGCAGAAGUGCCUGUUCCUUUGGCGUUAUUGUAA